AUGAAAUGGUCCACAUUGCUCAGUAAGGUCGUCUUCGCCGCCGGCCAGCAGCAGGAGCAGCAGCCGGCCCCCCCGCCGCCGCCCCCGCCGCCGGGGUCGCCGUUCCACCGCCAGCAGGCGGUCCAGGACCUCGCCACCCCGAGGCUCAGCUCCGCCUCCACCGGCGGGGAUGAGGGCGGCUUCGACGCAGCGGCCGGGAGCUCGCCCUCUGCCGCCGCGUCCCCUGCCAGAGAAAGUGGAACUUUUAGCAAUCUUGAUUGGGGUCAACUUUAUAGUCUGGAGAAAGAAAGGGCCUUAAAUUUGGCUGUAGAUGUCUUCUGUAGGCUAGUGAAGCAAUAUUCUAGUGUAGCUCAAUUAGUUACAAAGUUAGUAGAAGGACAUGUUUUUUCUUUUGUUAUUGGAAGAGCUUUUGUUACUGAUGUGGAGAAACUAAGAAUCCACAGCAAAGGAAGAUCACUGCAUGUGGCUAAUGUUAUUGGCUUCUUUUCAGAUAUCACAGAGCUUGGUAUAUGUCCAGGAUCAAAUUUGUUGUACGCAGUCAAAGUUCUUGUGACAGAGACAAAUGAUAAGCAACCUCUGUUGGACUCUGGUAUUUUGUGCUGCCUGAUAUAUAUCCUGAAUUCUCUAUUGAGUCCCAAUGAGAACUCCACAAAUACCUCGCCUGUUCACCAAGAAGGAUCCAGAAUUGAAAAAAACAAAAAUUUGGAUCCUAUGCAAUCACGACGGCUUGAGAUCGAGGGAAGCGUAAUACAUAUAAUGAAAGCACUGGCGAGCCAUCAAUCUGCUGCACCAAGUUUAAUUGAAGAUGAUGCCUUACAAGUUCUUUUUCCACAUGGUUGCAAAUGGUUCACUAUCUGUGUUUUCACAGUUCAGGGAUGGUAUUGUUCCUUUCACACAAUUCAGCUCCAUCGCCAUGCGAUGCAGGUCCUUGGUCUUCUUCUUGCAAAUGACAAUGGGACUUCUGCAAAGUACAUCAGGAAGCACCAGCUGAUUAAAGUACUCCUUAUGGCUGUGAAAGAUUUCAAUCCUCAGAGCGGUGAUGCUGCUUACACCAUGGGCAUUGUGGAUUUAUUACUGGAAUGUGUUGAGCUGUCUUACAGGCCUGAGUCUGGGUCCAUAAGGCUCAGGGAAGACAUACAUAAUGCUCAUGGUUACCAGUUCCUUGUUCAGUUUGCUCUUACGCUUUGUAGCUUACACAAAAAUCAGACUCUCCAAUCCUCAUCCAAGUUAGCAUCUGAAGAGGAUGCAUCCGUUCCUUCUCACAGAUUAGAACAAGAUAUAUUCUCAUGUGACCUUUCACCUCAGUUGUCUAGGUUGCUUGAUGUUCUUGUAAAUUUGUCACAAAUUGGCCCCUCAGAAAAUGGUGGUGGUAAGAGUUUAAAAUCUUCUCAUGCGAAAGGAACGGGGCACAGCAGAAGCCGAACUCCUUCUGCUGACAAGUUUGACGACAUGAUGGAAGUUAGUAGCCCCAAGGUAAAAGAUCUUGACGCCAUUCAGAUGCUACAAGAUAUUUUUCUGAAGGCAGACAACUUGGAAGUGCAAGCCGAAGUUCUCAAUAGAAUGUUCAAGAUUUUCUCGAGCCAUCUUGAAAAUUACAAGCUAUGCCAACAACUACGUACUGUUCCUCUUUUUAUCCUAAACAUGGGCAGCUUCCCUGCAGCACUACAAGAGGUCAUCUUAAAAAUAUUGGAAUAUGCUGUCACUGUAGUAAACUGCAUUCCAGAGCAGGAGUUGUUGUCACUUUGUUGCUUAUUGCAACAACCAAUUUCUACCAGUCUUAAGCAUACAGUGCUUUCGUUCUUUGUAAAGCUACUUUCCUUUGAUCAGCAGUACAAGAAAGUUCUUAGAGAAGUUGGUGUCCUGGGGGUAUUGUUAGAUGACUUGAAGCAAAACAAGCUUUUUUUUGGAGAUGAGCAGCAAAAUAAGGCCUUUGACUCUACAGAGAGGAUGUCUAAUGCAACUAACUCUCAGAGGACGGCGGACAACAAAGAUGCAAUUCUUUCGCCAAAGUUAAUGGCUUCUAGUUCUGCAAAAUUUCCCAUGUUUGAAGAUGAAGGGACAAUUACUGUUGCUUGGGAUUGUCUUUUUUAUCUGCUGAAAAGAGCUGAGCCUAACCAGCAAUCAUUUCGAUCAUCCAAUGGUGUCAACAUCAUUCUUCCUUUCUUGGUAUCUGAAAGCCACAGAUCUGGUGUAUUGCGUCUAUUGUCAUGCCUAAUAAUUGAAGAUUCUCUUCAGUCUCAUCCAGAAGAAAUAGGGUCAUUGAUUGAAAUCUUGAAGAGUGGGAUGGCAUCAACCUCAUCUGGUUCUCAAUUUAAGCUUGAAAAUGAUGCAAAGUGCGAUACAUUUGGUGCUUUGUGGCGGAUUCUUGGGGCAAACAGCUCAGCACAAAGAAUAUUUGGAGAAGCCACUGGAUUUUCCCUGCUGCUGACGACGCUUCAUAGUUUCCAGAAUGACAGUGAAAAUGAAGGGACUGAAUCAUCUUUGCAUACUCAUAUGAAGAUCUUUGGUUUUCUAUUGCGAGCAAUGACAGCUGCAGUAUGCAACAAUUCUGUCAAUAGGAUAAGGCUGCAUACAAUCCUGUCGUCGAACACUUUCUAUGAUCUCCUCUCUGAGUCUGGGUUGCUUUGUGUGGAUUGUGAAAAACAAGUUAUUUUGCUUUUGCUUGAGCUUGCACUUGAGAUUGUUCUCCCACCCACUAGUAACCUGCAGGUAGAGAGCAUUUGUUCUGAAACCUCAGAGGAUGAAUCGAGCUUCUUGUCUGCAACAUCGUUUGGACUUUCAAGGCUUGACAAGGAGCGUGUGUACAAUGCUAGUGCAGUUGUUGUGCUGAUCCGUUCUUUGCUGGUAUUUACACCUAAAGUUCAACUUGAGUUGCUGAGAUUCAUUGAGAAGCUAGCAAUUGCUGGUCCCUUCAACCAGGAGAAUUUAACUUGUGUUGGGUUCUCUCCUAUUCUUAAUCAUGCCUUGAGAAUUGUUGAACUGCUAGGUUCUUACAGGUUGUCUUCGUCUGAGCUAAGGCUUCUUGUGAGAUAUAUUCUUCAGCUGAAAGUGAAGCGUUCGGGUCAUCUUUUUGUUAAUAUGAUGGACAAGUUAAUUCAAAUGGAAGAUGUCAGACAAGGACAUGUUUCUCUAGCUCCUUUCAUUGAAAUGGACAUGAGCAAAGCCGGUCAUGCAUCUAUUCAGGUUUCAUUAGGAGAAAGAACAUGGCCACCUGUUUCUGGGUACUCCUUUGUUUGCUGGUUCCAAUUUCAGGACUUCUUUAAAUGCCAAUCGAAGGAAGCAGAAAAAGCGUCAAAAGGGGCAUAUAGCAAGAAGAGUGGGCAUGUUUUGCGCAUAUUUUCUGUGGGUGCAGUGGAUGAUGCUAACACUCUGUUUGCUGAACUUUAUCUCCAUGACAAUGGUGUUUUUACUAUAUCUACGGGCAGUUCAAGUUCAUUGUCAUUUCCAGGCAUUGAAAUGGAAGAAGGAAAAUGGCAUCAUCUUGCUGUUGUUCAUAGUAAGCCAAAUGCUCUAGCUGGCCUUUUCCAAGCAAGUGUGGCUAGCCUGUAUCUUGAUGGAAAGCUGAGGCACACUGGCAAGCUUGGAUACUCGCCAUCCCCAUUUGGUAAAUCUUUGCAAGUAACACUUGAGGUCUUGACACCAGGGAGCAUUUGUUUUAUGUACAUUCUUGGACAAGGGUAUCGGGGGUUGUUCCAGGACACUGACCUUCUGAGAUUUGUCCCAAACUGGGCCUGUGGUGGGGAGGUAAUGGCAAUUCUGGAUUCAUUAGAAGUGGAAGUUCCUGCACCUUCAAGCAGCCAGCGUGUUGACAGUUCAAUGAAACAAGGGAGCUCUAGACUUGAGAGCAGUGGAAUUGUUUGGGACAUGGAACGCUUAAGAAAUCUCUCCUUACAAUUGUCUGGGAAGAAGCUUAUAUUUGCAUUUGAUGGGACUUCAUCAGAUGCUUUUCGAGCAUCUGGGACUCUUUCGCUGCUGAACCUUGUCGAUCCAACUUCUGCUGCUGCAUCCCCUAUAGGAGGUAUACCAAGAUAUGGGCGUCUAAGCGGUGAUGUUUACAUUUGUAAUCAAUGCACAAUUGGUGACACUGUUCAAACAGUCGGUGGGAUGCCUGUUGUACUUGCCCUUGUUGAAGCUGCUGAAAGUAGGGAUAUGCUGCAUAUGGCGCUGGAGCUGCUUGCACUAUCUCUUCAGCAGAGUCAUCAAAAUGUAAAAAACAUGCAGGCCUUGAGGGGUUAUCAUCUUCUUGCGCUUUUUCUUCAUCGGAGAAUGUCACUAUUUGAUAUGCAAUCUCUUGACAUUUUCUUUCGUAUUGCUGCCUGUGAGGCUUCCUUUCCUGAGCCACAGAAAUCAAAGAUAAAUCGAACAGCAAGCUAUGCAUCUGGAAUGUCCCCAGAGGCUAGCCUUGAUGAUCUUACCUUACCCAAGUUUGGCGAUGAUAUGUCUUCUGGGGGAUCACAUGGGGAUCUAGAUGACUUUUCAGCUCAAAAGGAUUCAUUUAGCCACUUGUCUGAGCUGGAGAAUGCUGACCUAGCUGGUGAGACUUCUGAAUUUAUAGUCUUGUCAAAUGCUGAUAUGGUUGAACACAUUCUUUUGGACUGGACUAUAUGGGUUGCUGCUCCUAUAUCAGUGCAAAUAACUCUUCUUGGGUUUCUUGAGAGGAUGGUGUCCAUGCAUUGGUUCAGAAAUCACAACCUUACAAUACUGCGCCGAAUUAAUCUUGUUCAACAUCUUCUUGUUACUUUACAACGUGGUGAUGUUGAAAUUCCCGUGCUGGAGAAGCUAGUUGUGCUUCUAGGUGUCAUCCUGGAGGAUGGUUUUCUAGCUUCUGAGCUGGAGCUUGUUGUAAGAUUCAUAAUCAUGACAUUUGAUCCUCCAGAGCUUACACCGAACCGCCAGAUUGUGCGGGAGGCUAUGGGAAAGCAUGUUAUUGUGAGGAACAUGUUAUUGGAAAUGCUUAUUGAUCUACAAGUAACCAUAAAUGCUGAAGAAUUGCUGGAGCAAUGGCAUAAAGUUGUUUCAUCCAGAUUAGUCACAUAUUUCCUUGAUGAAGCGGUACAUCCAACUAGUAUGAGAUGGAUCACGACUCUUUUAGGAGUUUGCCUUACGUCAUCAACUACAUUUGCAUUGAAGUUCCGUACAAAUGGAGGUUUUCAAGGAUUGAAUCAUGUGCUUCCAAGCUUUCACGAUUCUCCAGAAAUAUACUAUAUAUUGUUCUGUUUGGUGUUUGGGAAGCCUGUUUAUCCUCGAGUGCCAGAGGUCCGCAUGCUUGAUUUCCAUGCUCUCAUGCCCAGCGAUGGAAACUAUGGAGAAUUGAAGUUUGUGGAUCUAUUGGAUACUAUAAUUGCAAUGGCAAAAGCUACAUUUGAUUCCUUGAUUAUGAAAUCUAUGCUUGCACAUGAGAAUAACAAUCUUUCACAUCUUAAUGGCACCUUGGUCAUGGAUCUUGUUGAGGCGACAUCGCACAUGGGGGAGGUGAUCUUCAAGGAGAAGCUCUGA